AUGGAGACGGCCGCGCGAAUAAUGGCCAACGUCGUCGGUCGCACAUCGACACAAUCCGAGCCAGCGCAAAACGUCGAGCCCAUCGUCGACGUGAGUGAACUCGAAUUCCAAGGAAAAUUGCGUCCGCAAACCAUCGAAAAACACGAUUAUCCCUAUUUUCGUCCGGAGUUUUUGUAUUUCUGCACCGACGACAUUGUCGUGUCCGCCGAUCAUUUAGUGCGUCCCGUCAUUUGUCCAAAGUUUCCCGCGAGAAUGCCGCUCUUCGCUGGAUACGCGGAAGCGAUUAAUUCGGGUAAAACGCUACUGAACGAGGAUCAAGCGACCGCGAAAAUGUUGCUGUUGACGACGGCGGUGCCGUUGUCGCCGGAGACGGCGAAAGCGGUUCUGAAGAAGCAAAUGGAAGAGGACGAUUUUCCGAUUCUCUCGAAAACACCCAGAGUCGUUGAAGUUGACGUCGAUUUCGGCCCGCGAGUUGAGGCCGCCUAUUUCGGCAUUUUCGACGGACAUGCGGGAACUGCCGCCGCGAUUUUGGCAAGCAAAUCGCUUCAUGAACACAUCAAAUCAAGAUUAGUCGACGCGCUCGACCAUAUUUUGACGCUCGACAGAUUUGAACGGCACGAGCUCACCAAGCGGCGUUCCGAAUCAUCAUACAGUUUGAGCUCGACUUGCUUCGAUAAAGUGCGAAUCGAAAGCGAGGAGCUGGUUAAAGGCGCAUUGGAGACCGCGUUUCUCGACAUGGAUGAUUGCAUUAAAUUCGAUAAAGGCGUUUGGAAGCUUCAUGGAGGUUGCGCAGCGAUUGUCGUUCUAGUGUUCCUCGGCAAGAUUUACGUUGCGAAUGCCGGAGACUGCCGAGCGCUUCUCGUUUCAUCGCUCAUGACGCGCCAACUAUCGCGCGAUCUCACACCGGCCACCGAACGCAAGCGACUUCAGGAGAUCGCCUUCCGCAAACCGGAGCUUCUUGGCAACUCGUUCACGCGUCUCGAAUAUUCUCGACGACUCGUUCGAAAGGAUUUGAACACCCGGGUGUUGUACAGGGAUUGGUACAUGGAUGGCUGGUCAACGAAACGAGUUGACGAGUUGGAUCUCAGGACACCGAUGAUCACCGGCGCCACUCACAAGAAGCGUCUAUUGAGCACGAUUGGCGUCACAAGAGGGUUGGGCGAUCAGACGCUGAAGACCGCCGUCGAUAAGCUGCCGAUCAAGCCGUUCCUCUCGGCGGUGCCAGAGAUCAGCGUAUUCAAUUUGCGGGAGCUCGACUCGAUCAAUUAUCGCGACGUGAUCAUUCUCGCUUCCGAUGGCUUCUGGGAUGUGAUGACGAAUGAGGACGCGAGCUUGAUUGUGAGAAGCUCGCUGGGCGUCUCGGAUUUCUCGGAUCCAAAUAGGUACACAUUGGCGGCUCAAGAGCUCGUCAUUGCUGCAAGAGGCACGCCGCAUGCGAAGAAUACCCAUAAGUGGGUGAUGGCAUCCGGCGGAAUGGCGUCGCACGACGACAUUACUGUCUUCGUGAUUCCGCUCAAGUAUUGUGCGGCGCCGCCGAAUAAUCUUGAAGAGUCUGAUAAUGGAGAAAUGAAUAAUAACGACAACACCAUGGAAGCCAAAGAAGACGCCAAGAAGAAGGACGUCAAGGAAGACGCGGUGACCAAGGAAGACGAUGUCAAGAAGGACGAGGUCAAGGAACAAGAAGUCACUGAAGGCGAUGUCAAGAAAGACGAGGACACGAAAGACGAUGUCAAGAAGAACGAGGUUAGGGAAGACGAUGCCAAGAAGGACGAGGUCAGGAAGGAUGAUGUCAAGGAAGAUGAUGUGAAGAAGGACGACGUCAAAGAACAGGAAGUCACCGAAGACGAUGUCAAGAAGGACGAGGUUAGGGAAGACGAUGAAAAGGACGAGGUUGGGAAGGAUGAUGUCAAGGAAGAUGAAGCCAAGAAGGACGACGUCAAGGAACAAGAAGUCACCGAAGACGAUGUCAAGAAAGACGAGGUCAUGGAUGGCGUCGUCAAGAAUGAACCAAACGAAACAAGUUGA